AUAUCUCAUCUUUCCACUCUUAUUUAACCACAUCUAUCUAAUUAUCAACUUAUCUUCUCAACAAUAUAAUGAGAAUAUCAUCAAAUAUGCAUGAAAAGAUGCUUGUGUUUAAAUUUGUUAUGGUGAUUGUUCUUGUAGUUAGCCCUACUGCAUAUGGUGCAGGUAACUUCAAUGCUGAGUUCGAACCAACUUUUGGUGGUCAAAGGGUUCGAGUAUCUGGUCCAGGAGGCCAAACACUUGCGCUGUCUUUAGACAAGGGUUCUGGCUCUGGGUUUCGUUCUAAAAAAGAUUACAUGUUUGGAAGGGUUGAUAUGCAACUAAAACUUGUAGGUGGGAAUUCUGCUGGGACUGUCACUACCUUAUAUUUAUCAUCCGAUCAAAGCACAGGAAGACACGAUGAAAUUGAUUUUGAGUUCUUAGGAAAUGUUAGUGGGCAACCUUAUACUAUUCAUACCAAUGUAUUUAGCCAAGGAGAAGGCAACAGAGAGCAACAAUUCCAUCUUUGGUUCGAUCCAACCAUUAACUUUCAUACCUAUUCCAUUGUUUGGAAUCCAAGACUCAUCAUGUUCUUGGUGGAUGAAACACCAUUAAGAGUAUUUAGAAAUUAUGAAGAUCGCGGAAUUAUGUUUUUCCCUAAAAACCAACGCCAAAAAAUUUACGCAAGUCUUUGGAAUGCCGACGAUUGGGCUACACAAGGUGGAUUAGUAAAGACAGAUUGGUCCAAAGCUCCCUUCACAGCCUAUUAUCGUAACUUCAACAUUGAUACAUCAAUCAAUGGAAAAUGGAAGAGCCAUGAUCUCAAUGCAUAUACUAGAAUGAGAUUGAGGUGGGUUCAAAAGAACUAUAUGAUUUAUAAUUAUUGCACUGAUUGGAAGAGGUUCUCUCAAACUUUUCCUCCAGAAUGCAAGCAUGGAGGAGUUUAAGGAGAGUAUUAUGGACAUGCAGAAGAUGCAUGGUCGACAACUGAACUUGGGGCGAUGUUUAACAAACCUCAUAAUUAAUUAUAUCUCGUAAUUAUAUGUAUUGUAUGAGUUUGUGUACUUUGUUAAAUUCCUGCAAUUAUAACGAAAUUUAUGUAAUACCACCAUGUUAAUUCUUUAUACCAUGCUUUUAUUAUUGAUGUACUAUAA